AUGCCCAGUCAAGAGGCUGCAUAUGUUGAUAAUGGAGACCGUGAUAUUCCUGAGAUCAACAAAGAUUUAAAUCUUCGAGAAGGAGACAUUUUGGAGACCAACCAGAGGAGUGCUGUUUUAGGAGAUGACUACCGAUGGGAGUCUCCUGUCCCCUAUGUGCUGAAUGAGGACCUUGAUAUGAAUGCCAAAGGUGUUAUUUUGAGGGCCUUUGAACAGUUCAGACUGAAAUCAUGUAUCGAUUUCAAGCCAAAAGAGAAUGAGGACUACUACAUCUCAGUUCAAAAGGAUGAUGGAUGUUACUCAUAUGUAGGUAAAAGAUUCACUAACGGCCAGAUUCUCUCCAUUGGUGCUGGUUGUGGCACCAUUGCUAUUGUCGAACAUGAGUUUCUUCACGCUCUGGGUUUCUACCAUGAACAGUCCAGAUAUGACAGAGAUGAGCAUGUCACAAUCAUCUGGGAAAAUAUCUUGGCAGGAAGAGAACACAAUUUCAAUAAGCACAAUCAGAGUGAAAUCACUACCCAGGGUACUCCAUAUGACUACACCUCUGUGAUGCACUAUGGGAAAGAUGGUUUCACCAAUGGAAAUGGGUCCACCAUUAUCACAAAGCUGCCUGAGUUCCAAGAUGUGAUUGGUCAGCGACUGGACAUGAGUUCCUAUGAUGUGGUAGAACUCAACAAACUCUAUAAGUGCAAUGCAUCCAUCUCAUUCCUGGACCACUGCAGUUUUGAUAAUGGGAGUCUGUGUGAGAUGAGUGUCUGUUCUCGCUCUGAUCAUGGAUGGGAAAAAGUGACCAAUGUGACUGGAGGUCCCCACUCUGACCACACUUACAUAGGGAGUGAGUCACACGGUGAGGACAGAUUCAAUAAAAAUUCUGGAUUCUUCAUGCACUCCAGCACAGUAAAUGGUCAGGAAGGUGACGCAGCAAAACUGGAGACCAGGACAAUGACUCCAAGCAGAGACUGUAAAGUUCAGUGUCUGCAGUUCUUCUAUUACCACAGUGGAAAUGACUCUGACCAGCUCAACAUCUGGAUCAGAGAGUUUGACAGUGAGGCUGACCUGAAUGGAACACGCAGACUGAUGGGCCAGAUCACAGGUACCCCGGCCAAUUACUGGCAGCUCCAUCAUGUACCCCUUAAUGCUACAAAAACGUUCCAGGUAGAAUUUGAAUCACGUAAAGGAGCAGGAAGUUCCACUGGUGGUUUUUCUGUGGAUGAUAUUAACCUGUCAGAGACUGAGUGUCCACACAACACUUGGCAGAUAAGAAACUUUGAGGAGCUUUGGAAUUCAAGUUCUCCUGGCACUUAUAUCUUUAGCCCAAGGUAUUAUUCUCCUGAAGGCUAUGGCUAUCAAGUAUAUGUACGACUCCGACAGGAAUACUUUUCCAUCUAUGUGCGUCUGGUGUCUGGCGACUACGAUGAUCAGCUACAGUGGCCUUGUCCAUGGAGACAAGUGACCUUCUUACUGCUCGACCAGCAUCCUCACAUCCAAAAACGUAUGUCACAUCAGAGGAGCAUCACCACAGACCCAACUUAUAUUGAUGGUGGUGGUUAUUUUUGGGACAACCCACGGAAUGUUGGAACUCCGAUAGUCGAGAACAAUGAGACGAUCUAUGUAAACAAUGGGUGGGGUUACCGAUAUUUCAUGUAUCAGAAGGACCUCAGUGACAGAGCAUUUGUUAAGGGUGGUGACAUUUUCUUCCUCUUCAGUAUGCAGGACAUUUCCACACUACUGCAAAAUGACUCUCUGCCUUGUCCCUCUGUGCCUGAGCAGAGCUUCACAAGGUCUUCAGAAGAACAAGCUGAUGACGGUCCAUGUGAAUCCAACACCCCCACCUAUGACGACAAGGGAGCCAUCAUCUCCGCCAAACCCUGGCAGGGACUAGAGAUCCAUCACCAUGACUUAUAUGAUCAGUUUGAUGUUUUUAUGGAUUAUGUUAGUUUUCUUGAAUGCAUCAUCAAUGGCUUCGCCAAACCUCAGAGUUUUGAUAAUGAGAAUCUCUGUGAGAUGAGUGUCUGUUCUCGCUCUGAUCAUGGAUGGGAAAGAGUGACCAAUGUCACUGGAGGCCCCCAUUCUGACCACACUUACAUAGGGAUGGAGUCUCAAGCUGGAUUCUUCAUGCACUCCAGCACAGUAAAUGGUCAGGAAGGUGACACAACAAAACUGGAGACCAGGAAAAUGACACCAAGCAGAGACUGUAAAGUUCAGUGUCUGCAAUUCUUCUAUUACCACAGUGGGCAUGAAUCUGACCAGCUCAACAUCUGGAUCAGAGAGUUUGACAGUGAGGCUGAUGCACAUGGAACACGCAGAUUGAUGGGCCAGAUCACAGGUACCCCAGCCAAUUACUGGCAGCUCCAUCAUGUACCCCUUAAUGCUACGAAAAGGUUCCAGAUGGAAUUCGAAUCACGUAAAGGAGCAGGAAGUUCCACUGGUGGCUUUUCUGUGGAUGAUAUUAACCUCUCAGAGACUGAGUGUCCACACAACAUUUGGCAGAUAAGAAACUUUGAGGAGAUCUGGAAUUCAAGUCAUUCUUUGAAGGGUAUCUAUAGCCCAAAGUAUUAUUCUCCUGAAGGCUAUGGCUACCAAGCAACCGUAACAUUCUCUAGAGAUGUGGUUAAAUGCUAUGUGCGGGUAGUGUCUGGGCCCUAUGAUGAUCAGCUGCAGUGGCCUUGUUUAUUGAGGCAGAUAAGCAUUGUACUUCUUGACCAGAACCCUCACAUUGAACAACGUAUGUCAAGACAAAGAAGCAUCACCUCAGAUGGACGGUGGGGCAACCCCCGAGAGGUCGGAACUCCGAUAGGCAAGAACAAUAACGCAGUUUAUGCAACAGACUGGUUUUACACCGCGGUUUACGUGGAAAAAAAGAACCCCAAGGACCGAACAUUUGUCAAAGGCGGUGAAGCCUUCUUAUUCUUCAGUAUGAAGGGUAAAUGUUAA